UUCUGAGGGAGUAUAUAUAGCUUGCAGGAGAGGCUUGUCACCCCCGGCAGUCGAAAAUGAAGCUCGCGCUGUCCUGCCUGCUCACCCUGCUGGCCCUCACCACCGCCGACUCGGUGAGUGAGGUGCACGAAGAUGAGGCGCUGAUGCGUCUGAAGCUCCAGCCGGAGGGAGACCUGUUCCCCUGCUGCGACGGCACAGAGGAGAUUAGCCAGAGUUCCUCUAAUGAUACACCUGCACCUGAGCGAACCGUUUGCCAGCCCUGCAGCACCGGUUCUCAGUUGGUCCCCCCCACCAGAGGGGAUGUAACCAGUGAGGAGGAGGAGGACGAAGACGAAGAGGUGGUUUCGAGUGAAGUAGGUGAAAGUCUGAGUGAAGAGGAGACAGAGCAGGUGGAUGAAAUCCAAGAGGAAGUGUUGGAAGAUGAGAAACAGGAGGAGCAGGUAGAGAACGAGGAACAGGAGGGAGCAGAUGAAGAGGAUGUGGCUGAAGAAGAAGAUCCCACAGUGACUCCUACUGGAGAGGAGGAGGAGGAUGCAGAGGAACCUCAGGAACAUGAGGAUGAUGUGGUUGAGGAAGAAGCCAUGGAGAGUGACACCAUCUCUGGAAAGUUAAUGGCAGAAGCUGCACCUGUAGAUGAAUCCGAAGCGCCAGCAGAUACUAAAGUUUCAGUAGAAGACACAAUUCUGGCUGCUGAGGAACCAGAUGUUGCACAAGAACAAGGCGAGGAAGCCUUGGCUGAUCCUGUUGCUGACGCGGAGCAACCAGUUGUGAAGGAGUCCGUGUCAGAGGAGCCAGCGCGCAAAAGCUCAGUCAAAGGGAAGACGCCUCCAGAGGGUCCUAAGAUGAGGGACCGGUCUCAUAUUGACAACAUGCUACAUAUGGCUAUGACUGACCCUGCUCAGCGCUUUUCGGCCAUCGUGAAGAAGCUGCAGCACAUUUAUCACACAGCCAUCAAGCCUUUGGAGGAGGCGUACAAGUACAAGGAGCUCAGACAGCACGAGGUCUCAGAUGCUGAGAUCGCCUCCAAACCCAUGGUGCUGUUUCUGGGCCCCUGGAGCGUCGGCAAGUCCACCAUGAUCAACUACCUGCUGGAUCUGCACAACAAACCACAAGAACUCUACACAGGCGCCGAGCCCACUACCUCAGAAUACAUGGUAAUAAUGCACGGCGAGAAAGUGCGCACCAUUGAGGGUAUCGUCAUGGCGACCGACACCGGCCGCUCUUUCUCGACCCUGGAGAAGUUCGGCCAGGGUUUCCUGGAGAAGCUGGUGGGCGUCGAGAUGCCACACAAGCUGCUGGAGCGGGUCACGCUCGUGGAUACCCCGGGGAUCAUCGAGAACCGCAAGCAGCAGGAGAGAGGUUAUCCCUAUAACGAGGUGUGUCAGUGGUUCAUCGAUCGAGCAGACCUGAUCUUCCUAGUUUUCGACCCCACUAAGUUGGAUGUGGGCCUGGAGCUGGAGAUGCUUUUCAGGCAAUUGAAGGGGCGCGAGUCACAAAUCCGCAUCAUCCUGAACAAAGCUGACAGCCUGGUGCCGCAGGAGCUGAUGCGCGUGUAUGGUGCUCUCUUCUGGAGUCUGGCACCACUGAUCAACGUGACGGAGCCACCACGCGUCUACGUCGGCUCAUUCAGGCCUCAGGACUACACACUCGAUGCUGCCCAAAAACUCUUCAUUCAUGAGGAGAUCUCCCUCCUGGAGGACCUAAAGCAGGCCAUUGAGAACCAGCUGGAGAACAAGAUCGCCUUUCUGCGACGCCACGCCAUCCGUGUUCGCGUUCAUGCUCUCCUGGUUGACCGUUAUCUCCAAACAUAUCACGAGAAGCUUGGCUGGUUUGGCGACCCACACGAGGUGAUGACGGAAGUCGUGGCUGAUCCUGACCGGUUCUAUAUCUAUAAAUCGGUGCUGGCCAAAACCAACGUGAGCAAGUUUGAUCUGCCAGAGCCAGAGGUGUACCAGGACUUUUUCAACGUGAACGCACUGGGAGAAUUCAAGCUGCUGCAGAAGCACUGCGGCUGGAGGAGCGGCUGCUUGUUGGAGAAGAUCGAGAGUGCCAUCACACAGGAGCUGCCCGCUCUGCUGGCCGGCCUCGGCAAAACAGAGGAGGCGCCAAAGGUAGAGAAGCCCAAGGUAGAGGAGAAACCAAAGAUAGAGGAGAAGCCCAAGGUAGAGGAGAAGCCCAAGGUAGAGGAGAAACCCAAGGUAGAGGAGAAACCCAAGGUAGAGAAGAAGCCCAAGGUAGAGGAGAAGCCCAAGAACCCCUGGAGAAGGCAGUGAAGGAGGCAGUAUGGGAGAGGACAGGGGGUUGAGGGGGUUAAUAUUUUUGGGUUGCACAACAGCUUUCAUCCAUACUGGACUCAGGGCAUCGAGCCAAUAAAAGUGUGAACACAUGAAUAAAGCAUUAAAUAAAGGCAUUAAUUAAGAAAUAGAAAUUGAAUGAAUGGAUGAAUGGAUGGAUGAAUGAAUGAUCAGUGGGUGUAUGGAUGGAUGAGUGGAUGGACAGAUGGAUGAGUGGAUGAAUGAAUGAUCAGUGGAUGUAUGUAUGACUGAAUGGAUGUUGGAUAAAAAAUGAACAGGGACUGAGGUAGAAAAUUUUGUGUCAAAGGCCACAAACAGUCAAAUCAAAAUUGAAAACAAUUAAAAGACUUUAUUUUCAGAUUUUACUCGACAGAAAUGUAUGGUAUAUUCAUAUACACAUAUAUACAAGAAGUUAUGAACACUGCUCUUGGGUUUUUUUUUUUUUCCUUUUCAGUUUUAUAUCUAAUUUCUCACUUUUCAUUGACACAAUGCAUCAAGAUUUUCUGAUCUUACUCAUUUUUGUUGUUGUUUUUUUUUUCAGUUAGUCUAUCCAGAGCACAACUCAGUUUUCUAACUUCACAACACAUUUGCCUCCUUAAUAUUUCUGAGUGAUUCAUUUUGAUGAAUGUGUGUAGCGCUGCAUGUGAAAUAUAACUUCUAAUUAAAGCUUUCCUGUUCUA